AUGAAUGAACAACAAACAUUUCCCAUAACUACUACGAUUCCUGGUGUCACUACUGGCGAUGGAGAUACUACUGUAAUUGAUACAAUGAAUAUGAAUAAUAGUUAUUCACCGAAUACUCCAUCCAAAAUUGAAUUACUUUCAAAUAUUACUGAUAAAGAAAUAAAAAUUGAACAUGAAUUAGACAAUAACAAUGACUAUAGUUUUCAAGAUGAUGAGCAAUAUCAUCGUCAUAUACAAGAUAUGAUGAUUGAUCAAAAUGACGGUGACAAUGUAACUGAAGAUACAGAUGAUCAAGAAUAUCAAGAUGACAUUAAUCAAUCCAAUAAAAUGGAUACAUUCAAUUUUAAUUUCUCUCUUUCUAAUCCAAAUGACUCUGAUGAUUCAUUAAAACAAUUAACAAACGUAAACAAAGAUACUGGUAAACCAAUUUAUACAAAGUCCAAUAAUAAUGACGAUAAAAGACCAAGAAAAUUUAUAUGUCGUUAUUGCAAUAAAGCAUUUAGUUUAAUGAAUGUUCUUAAAGUUCAUGAAAGGAUACAUACUGGAGAAAAACCAUAUGUUUGUGAAAUAUGCAAUAAAGCAUUUAAUCAAAGUGGUUCAUUAAAUCGUCAUAAGAAUACGCAUACUAAACGUAGCAGUGAUAAUCGUAGUUAUUCAUGUCGAUUUUGUCCACGUCAAUUUUUACAUUCUAGUCAAUUACAAGAUCAUGAAACAGUGGAACAUAGUAUGGAAAUGAAUAUAUCAAUUUCCAAAUCAAAUGAUACUAAAGUUACUGAUUAUACUGUAAAAUUAUCAACAUCUUCAUUAUCAACAAUAUCAACAGUGGAAACAAUAACAACAAUGACAGAUGGAAUAACAGUUGAUUGUAAUAUAUUAAAACAAAAUCAUUUAUCAAAUCAAUUACUUCAUAAUAAAUCAAUAAAUAAUAAUACUCUGAAACUUUCAUCUUCAGAACAUAAUAUUAAUAAUAAAAACUUUGACAAAAAUAAUAAUAUAGAUAAUAAUGAUAUAGACAAUAAUAAUUCAGUGUCACUAUUAAAUUCUACACCAAAUUUUUUUGAGUUGGAUACAAAACUAGCUACUGUAUCCAAUAAAUUUCCAUUUCCCUAUGGUUUAAAUUUAAUGAGUAAAUUUUUACCAGUUGGUUUAACUGAUGAAUUUAUUAAAUCAUUAGAUAAUAAUAUAGAUGGUUUAUUACAUCAUUUACCAAUAACAACAACUAAUACAAUAACAACAUCUUCAACAAUUGAUGUUACUUCUACUAAUACUGUUUCUAAUAUGAAUAUUUCAAAUAUUAUUAAUCCUAUUAAUAAAGGAAUAUUUAAACAGGACUUUUUAGAUAAUACAAAUUUAUUUACUUGUACAUUAUGUUCAACAAAUUUAUCAUCGAAAACUGAAUUAGAUUUACAUUGGGGACAACAUUUUAUACAACAAAUGGGUAAGUAUGAUUAA